AUGGCCAAUGUCACGGCGACAAUACAACGUUGGUACGAAUGGAAUCUCGAGAGAUCUUAUCAGACACGAUACCAUGUUACAGGGGAUCCUGGAGAUUCAUUAAAUCAUAUCAUGACCACCCAUUUGCUUGAGACAGUUCCAAGAAGCGACAACAACGAGUCAUUGAAUGAGUCGGCAGAAGAUUCGCAUAGUCUAGAAGAGAUGAAACGUUAUGCACAUAACUUCUCGUUGCCAUGGCAUUACAAUAGAAUUGCUCUAGAUGAUCUCAGAAAAGAAUUAGAGAACGGAAUAGCGGCUUGGGAGGACGCAAUUGUUACUCAAGAAAACACAAAGGCCAACACUAGUUUACAUUAUGCUAUCGGAAAUGGAAGAACGCCCAUCACUCAGAAAAUAUAUAAAAUAUUGCCAAAGAAAAGCCCGUUUACUGUGAACAGGUUCGGGACAUGUAGCGUGGUUGGCAAUGGAGGCAUACUGAUAAAUGGAAGCUGCGGUAACGUUAUUGAUAAAUCAGAAUUUGUAUUCAGGUGUAAUCUAGCAACGAUCGGAGAAUAUGCACGUGAUGUCGGAAGAAAGACCAAUCUAACGUCUAUCAAUAAAUUAAUUUUACGCCAGAGAUACGGUGGCCUGAAAGGUCAAGAGAAUGUAUUACAAUUUCAGCUGGACAUGGCUGAGUAUCCUGGGUUACUAUGGCUACCAGCGUUUGCCAAUCACCAGUGUUUGGAGGACUGCUAUCGUGCACGCGAAGAGAUCAAUUCCGGCGUAAAUGAAAUAGUUUUCGGGAAUCCCAAUCAUUUUCUACAAGUGUCUAGGUAUUGGAGAAAGAAAUAUAACUUACGGCGUCUUUUGACAACAGGGUUCUACCUAGUCAACGUCGCUCUGGCUUUGUGUGAAGAAACCCAUCUGUUUGGUUUCUGGCCGUUUUUACAAAAUCCUAAUGAAGAAACACUAAAGUUUCAUUACUACGACGACAUGCAUUUCGAAAAGGCGAAGUUGAUUCAUUCUUUUCCGAUCGAAUUUAAAAUAUUACACGAUCUUCACCAGAACGGGGUUCUACAACUGCAUGUUGACACAUGCUAUGAUGGCAGGAGGUGA